AAGUGACUCUGGCUUUCGUUUCAAAACACACGGAUUUACGAAUGGAGUAAAUAGACAUUUUAUGUGUUACAAGAUUGUUAUAAAUGUGGAAAAAGUUUACUUGGAUAAACGUGAAUAUUUCUUGCGUGUUUUCUCUGGAUAUGAAGUUGUUAUGAUGGUCGUAUUAGUACAAAGAGCUUGAAAGGCUUGGCAAAGGAAAAAAUACCGAAUCACGAUCUUUACUUGGAUUUGGGUGAAUUUGAGAGAUCGAAAGGUCGGCGGAUAAGUGUGUAAGGUAAAAAAAUAUGAAGCCUACGUAAGAAAUGUAAAUCUGCUAUAAAAUAUAUAUAUAGUAAAACAAUUUGGCCAUGUAGCUAUAUACGAGCAAUACUUUGAUUUCUUUUGUCAAGAAAGGGUCUUUAAUUUCUGACCUAACGCUUCAAUAUCACCUUAUAUAUACAGUUAUUCCCUUUAUAUAUGAGGAGUCGACUAUGGUUUUGAGUAUACAAUAAUAAGAGAUGAGGGCGGUAGAUCGUGGGUAACAUCUCUGACAGGAGCACGAAGAAAUUAUAAAUAUACCUUUCAUUGACUUAUUCGUCUAUAUAUAUUUACACAUCACAGAAAAUUAAAAAAAAUAUAUAAUUUUUUUUAACUCCGCCUGAUAACUGUAUAGGUUGAACACUAUAUAUAUGCAAUGUAAAAAUAGAUCGAUGCUGAGUUCAGAAAUACGCGAUAUAGACUUGCUAUUUAAUUCUAGCUUUGUAUCUGAUUAUGCAGUAUAAAGCGAAAUUAUCGUUUCUUACUUUCGAUAACUUCAUGAAAUAUAAAGUAUAAUUUAAACAUACUCAAAUAAAAGUUCCAUCUUGAACACAAUAUUUGAGAAAAGAGAAGAGACAAUAUUCAACAAGAUUGAAUCUUGUCCCCUCUUGUCUUUUCCCAAAUAUUGAGUUCAAGAUGGAACUUUUAUUUGGAGUAUGUUUUAUUAUACUUUAUUAUACUUUCCAUCACACUGCAUAUCCCUGAGAAUUUUGGCUCAAAAACUGCGAGUAGCUAAACACACCAAUGCGUGCUUCAAAAUUUAAGGUAAACUUACUCAAAUAUAUGAACAAAUUUGCUCAUUUUUUUAAAGUUUCAAAUUCAAUAAAUGUUUCGAGUAAACAUUUUUUUGCUCAAAAGAAUGAGUAAAUUUGCUCCUAUAUGAAUUUGAGUUUCUUUUUCUGAAAUUUUGAGUGACUGUGGGCUCAAGUCUUUAAAUCAAUCAUUUUUUUUUGCAAUGUCAUGACAUUUUAUAUAAAGAAUACAUAUAUCUCCAGCCUCUGUAUCGACAUAUAUAAUUUGAAUUUGUUUUAAAUGGACGGUUUAAAUGAUAUUGAUGAAUAUUUCAAGCAAAUGUUUCUAACGUAGUGCUUUGAGUUAGUCAUGUAUAGGUGAUGAUGUCGUAGACGGCGGAAGCCGCUCAGACAAAUUUUUAGAGCAUUUUUAUUUUUCAAUAAUCACAUUUUAACAUUCUUAACUACCAAUUAUAUAAGUUCUAGUAGCUCACAGGCCUCAUUUGAAUCAAACCACAAUAAAUAUGUAUAUUUAUAGCUAUCGCUCGAAUCUUCCAUGCAUGCCUUUCACGCGCGUAAAGGGAUCUAUACUUAUAGUUAUAGCUUAUUUUUGAUAACAUCCCUGUACUUGAACAAUGCAUUUAAAUAAGAAUUUUAUAGCUGGUUCUCUCAUGUGCUUUCAAGGUUUCUUUUCUUGUUCUCCUAAACCUAUAGUAGGUAUUAAUCGUAGAGUAUAGCUAACUCUCUGAGACCUUUGGUAGGCCUAAUUGGGUUAGGGUUUAUGAAAGUUAGGAGUUAGAGUUUAGGGUUUCUUUCCGUCCAACUGACACUGAUAAUUUUAUACACAUCGAACCAAUCAAACAGUAUCUCUCAAAAGUCUUACUCUGAGAAGGUGCUCUCAAAAUAUUUCCUUCAAACGUAAAGCUCCAAAAUUAUUUCUACUUUUCAGGCGAUUACACUGUAAAUUUCAAGGAAUUAAAUUAACUCCAUAAGUGUUAUUUUGUAACCAAAAACGAUGACAGCUUUUUUGGAGUUGAUUGAACUCCUCGAAAUAUAUAUGUAUAGUGUAUGCAUGUUAUUGCCAAAUAUUGGCUAACAGCCGCUCACUCAUGUAUGUUCAUUGUCGUUGCAUGAGAAAACCUUGCCGGUCAUAGUCAAUUGAAGAUCUUAAUUUGUAAUAUAAGCUUGAAUUUCAAUGGCGAAGUUAAUAAAUAAAUUAAAGUUAAGAAGGUGCAUGUAUAAAUUAUCAUAUUCACAUUUCUUGAUCACGACCUCAAACAAAGACAAACAACAUUAAUAUUGAAUAUAACUUACUAAUAUUUAAUUUGAAAAUUAUUUCACAUGAUGCAUAUUUUGCUAUAUAAUUAAUACACUGUCUUGUACGUUAAUAUAUACUUAUUUAUUUUAUUGUGUGUACUCAGUACAGCGACAACGCGUUCUGACCGCAUCUAUCAUGCACUUCUGUCUCCCUUUUACGUUCCAAGACAAAUUUUAUGGCUACUAGUCCAUUUUCAUUUUGUUCAUUUUACCUUAUUGCAUGCUGAAUGUCUUCAAUAUAAGAGCCAUGAAUUUUUACCUCCGGGUGUUUGGCGCGUUUGACGUAUAUAGCCACGACUAAUUGUAAAUUAAACGAUUCAAUAAUCCUCAACGUCAACGACCUUCCCUAUAUACGGUUAAAAUCAUUGUGCUUCAAUGAUGGCAUAUGUGCAUUGAUGUUGCGGUGGGAAAAUAACUUUCACUUAUACGAUCCACUUGAUUGAUUGAACAUGAUUUCGUGCUCUUUAGUAAACGUACAGAAAGAGCGUGAUAAUUUCUAUUAUAAGCCUUGAACAGUACGUAUACAGUGCAUAUUUAAAAGUACAUUUGGCUGCGAGGAAGCAAUUAAAAAUAUUGUUUGCAAUUAUAUUGUCAUUUUAACGUACAAGACUCUCAUUUAUAAAAGCAUUAAUGCUUGGUGAAUAUAUAGUAAUGGCACGAUAUAUAUAAAAGUCGAAGAUAAUUCGCAAAUGACAUGCAGGGAUCAAAACUGCACGAGCGACGGACAAGCGACACAAUAGAGAGGUUAAGAUACCCCGGUUUCGGUGUACGGGUACGGGUAGCAUGAUUUUGGUUAGCAAUAUUUUCGUCGAUGUCUGUACUUUUACUCGUAAUUAAGGUGCACAUUUUUCGCAUUAUAUCAUUGUCUAUUGCAAGAAAACAGAAAAGUAUGAUCGAAUUACAGACAUCAGUUAAACAAGAUGACACUACUCGUACCCGUACACCGAAACCGGGGUAUCUUAACCUCUCUAAUGUACACCUGAUCCUACCCCUCUGAUAAUACGCAUGCAGGCAUGAUACAGUUGCUGUUAAAUUCGUUUAAAUCUUUUUAACAACAUUGUACGGUAAACUAUGAAUUACUUUAUACUUUCUGAUGUGUUAUAGUAAAGAUGUAUAAGUGUAUUCUGAUUGGAAUUUUAAUAGCAACCCGGCCAUUGUGUACAUACAGACAAAAUUAUAUAGAUUAUAAAAAGAUGAUUUGGAAUAGGGUUAGGGUUAGAUUGGGGUCAGAUUAAGGUUAGGUUAGGAUUAGGCUCGGGGGUUAGAUUCGGGUUACAGACCGAGUUCAAAAUAGUUGAGAUGAUCAUCUUUGUUGGGUAUCGACCGUAUUUCUCAAUUUAAUUUAAUUUAAUCAUUUGUCACCACACAAUCAUUACGCAUACAUCUACAAUAAAGAGAGGACACAAGUGUGACUGGGGAAAGGAACAGGACUUGCGUCCCAAUUGACACCUGAUCUCAACAUUAUAACUAGACUUUGCUGCUUGUUGCCCACUGAGCCCAAUGACCUUCCUCAUGAUUUAGAUUCCUGGUUGUUACCCAUUGACUACAAAGUGACAUGGGUGAAAUCAGUUACUGUUAAUAUAAAUGUGUGAUGAUCUUCAACUGUAAGGCCAAUGAAAAUUGAUAUCAUGUUUCUCGUCCCCGCCCGCAUGGGAUUUAUCUGCCGCACGAAAAUUUUUCAUUAUUCAUUAUUCUUAAAAAAUGGGUUUAACAAAACACCAAAUUAAUCACCAGAUCAAAGUCUUAUUGCUGCAUUCCGCAAGCGCAACUCAAAUUGUAUCUUUCUAAAUAUAUUACUCGCCAGAAUGCCUUUAUUUUUCAUGUCAGCCCUGGUAUUAAAUUAAAAUGAAUUAUUCACCGAUUUACUUCAGAUUUUUAUGGGGGUUUUUACUGGGUCAAGGAAAUUAUUGACAAGCAGAAUUCAAAUACAAAAUAAUAAUGAAAAAUGAAAAAAUCCCGCUCCAAAUUUUUGAAAAUUGUGGACGAGAAACAUGAUAUCAAUUUUCAUUGGCCUAAUUGCAGACUAGCUAGCUGAAUUUAAUAUAUAUAGAUAUUAUUAUAAAAGUUAAUUUUACUACGGUAAAAUCUCUUGUAUAUAUAUUCUUGCUUGCAAAUUAUUAACUACUGUAAAAUUUCUCCGUAUAAUAAUUUAUUUUUUUUUGACAAUAAUUUCUUCUCUGCUUACAGAAUGACUAGUGUAAUUGUGUUUCUGCUUUUUGCAAUGUCUGGAAUAUUGAACACUGUCGCACAAGAAGGUAAGAUAGUUAAUUUGAUUAUUGUUAUGUUCUAGUUAAAACAUGAGCAGCCGAUUUUAACGUGCUUAAAAAACGACCCAUCUUAUGAGUUCAUUGGCUAAGUAAUUUUAAAAAUAAACAUUGUCUAACCCGAGAAAAUCAAAGCUGAAGUUUAUGUAAAUCAGGACAAAUCUUUAUCUGCAUGAUUUACAAAUAUUGAUUAAACAUUCAUUUCUUUUGUAUUUUCCUCGUGAAUUAUUAAUGAGAUUUUUAAAACCUAUAAUGAAUAGAAACCUAAAUUUUGUAUUUUUGUGAAAUGUGUAAAUAAAUAAAUUCAUUAUCUUACAAAAGCGAUUCUUGUGGCGCUCUUUAAAUAAUAGUAUUGUAGUAUAUUAAUGACUACAUGUCUAGACUUAGCCUUUGUGGUUAUAACAGGGGGCCAUGCAGCACUUAUUUUUUUGUAAAUAAACUCUAAAUAAUAAUUCCAUGUAACACACAAGUGCAAAAUAUAUAAGUAUACUAGAUAAAACAUGAGCAGCCGAUCUUUAUCCGAUAUACAAACUCGAGCCGAAGGCGAGAGUUUGUAUAUCAGAUAAAGAUCGGAUGCGAAUGUUUUAACGUGCUUAAAAAACGACCCAUCUUAUGAGUUCAUUAGCGAAGUAAUUUUAAAAAUAUACAUUGUCUAUAGGCGGACAAAAUCAAAGCUGAUGUUUAUGUAAAUCAGGACAAAUCUUUAUGCGAUUUACAAACAUUAAUUAAACAUGAUUCAAUUCUUUUGUAUUUUCCUCAUGAAUUAUUAAUGAUUUUAUAAUUUAUCUUAUCUUAUACCCCGUUUUUAAAAGUUUUAACUUGAACGUUUUCUCUUAUGUUUUCAGGAAGAAUACCGAAAGAAACAUGCCAGCUUCUUAAGUACGAAUUAAAACAUAGAUUCAUACAAGAUCCAAAUAUUGAUAUCGAAAAACUCACACCAAACACAGAGACUUUAGAGGGUUUAAGACGUUUCAUUACUUCAGAGAAACGUUGCUCGAUCGCAACCGAUAUACACGUCUUCGAAAUAAUGUACGACAACACACCCGAUGGUGGCAUACCUACAUACACAGAAACGAUUAAAAUUAAAGUUUCAGCAAAUAGGACUAUCGAAAAACCUAGAGACAGAGUGACCAGUUUGACAAUUUGUUUUGACGACGUAAUAGCUGCAGUUGGAGCCGAUAUCAACUUUCAGAACUCACUGCGGCUGAAUGUUUCAGGAACAUUGGUAGGAAGCAGUCCAGCAAAGAGUAUUUCCGUGGGGCGAGAAUCAUGUUGCCAUGUGAUUUACAAAUUUCCUGUGAGCAUCAACCAAUGUUGUAAACCUGGUUUUCUUGAAGAUGGUGAUAACUGUGGUAAGUACAAAGGAUACCAUUGCCUGAUUAUCCGAGGACAUUUACCUCUUCCUUAAAUGCGGGCCGGAUGGAAGGUGAAAGACGUCUGCCAAAAUUUCCUGUCUGGGUGCAGGAGAAAGAGCCAAAAUUCUGUUUUUCCCCUGAUUGGUCUGUUACACCACGAAAUUUUAAUCUAUCUUUUCGAUUGAUUAAUGCUAAUUAGAUUAUACUAUUGUUCAUGAUAUGUUUAACAGUUUCGACUAUAAUAAGAUCGUACGCGUUGCUGUUAUAUAUGUGAAAUUGACAUCUCCUGGGACAUUUUGACUGGAUAUUAAAUAUAUGGGUGGAAAUUGCGCAUUAAGGCUCGUGUUUUACUUAGGUUAAGGUUAUCAUCGCGUAUCUUUGGUUACCGUGGCAAACCCUCGCACCAUAUACUUCAUGGGAAAAUGUUCACCUAUAUGAGAAAUAUGUUGCAUCCUUGUGUAAUGAUGCGCAUGCAUGAGUGUAAGACAAGAGAAAUUAAUUUUGCACAAUAAAGAGAAGAGGCCCACGUACUGUUUAGCGGCUUUUCCUCUUGAUCUAUAAUGUCCUUGCGCUUUUCGAAGAGGCACAGACACAUGUGAUGUAAAACGUAUUCAAAGUAAACAUAUUUUACUACGCCAACAAUAGACCUUUCCCCUUAUAACCAAAAUUUUGAUCUAGGCAAGUCUAGACAAAAAUUUCAUCACAGCUUGAAAGAGCAUCACAAAAUUAGUAAUAUUCCAAAGUUUCGUUGCGAAAUGUCGUAAAAUGAGGAACAUAGAGCCUUGCGAAGUUUGCAAUUUUCAGUCAUUUUGCAUUACAAACGGGAAAUUGCAGCUCCAACACCCGAAUCGUAUGUCAAUUCCCGUUUGUAAUACAAAAUGACUGAAAAACGGCAAACUUCGCAAGGCUAUAUUAUCCGCAUUUUACAAGAUUUUGCAACAAAACUUUGGAAUAUUACUAAUUGUGUGAUGCUCUUUCAAGCUGUGAUGAAAUUUUUGUCUAGAUCGAAAUUUUAGUUAUAAGGGGAAAGGUCAAUUCCAUAAAGGAAGAAAUGAAUAAGGAUGAUUGGAAAUGAAGCGGUCCAUGUUCAUUGAUCGUCCGUUAUUACUUUUUGAUAUACAGUAACAUGAUGCAUGUUGUUAAAACAUCUUGUCUCAUUUUUCAGCCUGUCCUAAAGGUGAAUUCCUGAACGAAACUAGUUGUGAUGCUUGUCCUGAAGACACGUAUCAACCAAACCCGAAGAGCAGCAGCUGUUUAUCAUGUCCCAAUAGAACAACGACGUACGGAAAAACAGGAGCUGACAGUAGCUUGUCCUGUUUAAGAGGUACAUAUACCACUUCUCGUUUUGUUUACAACGUACAAGGAAGGUGCUGAAAGGGUGAAAUGGGAACUGGGUGACUCGCCUAUUUCUUGACUGGGAAGAUUGGAUGAAUGGCAAACAGAAAAAUGGGAAUGGGAAAAUCCAUAUACCACUAUAACAAACAGUUGUAGUGGGACUUUUCAGAGUUUAAAUUUCAAGGAAAGCUACGGAGAAAAUUUUGAUAGAGAGUUUUUCAAAAACAUCCAGGAAGACUGUAUUCUUUUUAGUUUACAGUUAAAACUGGGAUUUGGCAAACAAAGUGGCUGGGAAAUAGGAUGUAGACACCCCCUCCGCCUUCAGAACUCUCUACAAAGUAUACUUUACGGGCGAGAAUAUCUCAGUAGCUACAGCAUUAAUCUGCAGAUCAAAACGUCCCAGGUUCGAUUCCUCGCCGCGUUAACUCAGCGUAUGAGUAUAGCAUGGUUUCAUGCAGGUAAAACUGGACUUUGCCGUACGUUACUGCAUAUGAGCUGACGACAAGUGUAGUGCUCCGCCUAAGCAAAAUAUCUCCCUGGCCUAUCGAUCGAGAGCGAAAAGAGGAUGAACUACCUUGCUGUACGGCUGAUACCAACAUUAGGACUCUUCUAUUCUCUAUAGAAAAAAUAAUGAUCAAAAGGCCAACUGAAAGAAAUCCUUCGAUAAGAUAUUGGCGAUUUUAACCUAAUGUUGAAACUUCUAUUCACAGCUUGUUUACCUGGCCAGAGUUACAACUUGACAUCGCAGAAAUGUGGAACGUGUCCAAAGAAUACUUAUCAACCACAACAAGGGGAACUCGAAUGCAUAACAUGCCCAAAUCAGACUAUUACCAAAAUUUCUGGGAGUACAAGGCGGGAAGACUGCGUUCAAUGUAAGUAUAUACGUUUUAAGGCUGCAUAAGCAUGACUAUAUCCAUAGGCAUAUGAGACAGGAGCGCUAGAGGCUGCAGCUCCCCCCCCUCGCCAAACCCAGUAGUGUUUAGUCAGGACGAUUCUAGCAUUAAAAUGUUGGGCAAUUUGCUAGGCCGGCUCGCCUGCUUGGGUAUAAUGUAUUUUGUGAUGAUGUUAAUGUUCAGAUGUUGAGUCAGAGAAACUCAAUGACAGAUUGAAGUUUGUUUCAUUAAAUUCAAAUUGCAUGAGUUUUCGAUAUAUUUCAAAGAAUGAAAUCCCAGAAAUACAUACUCAUACUAAAUAUUUCCAUAUUUUUUAUUUAUCGUUUUAAGUCGUCAAGAUUGACUGCAUGCAUGUAUUUCCGUGCGUCCCAGUGUACAGGAGAUAUGUCCCUUCGCUAUGAUUAUAUCGCCAUGCACCUAGUCCGGAUCCAGUGAUCGGAAUGGUUCAUUUUUUCAUGGCAGCAAAUUUAUCUACUAUAAUAUCUAAAUUUAAAUUUUGUAAAACAAGUUUCUUCAAAGGUCAGUUAAAAUCUCGUGCAGGUCAUUGCAUAAUCAAAAAAAUAAAUAAAUUCUCCAGACUGACACUUGGUGAGAUAGUUUCCAUGCAAAUGUAAAGCUUAAAGACAAUUCAAGUGCUUCACUUUGACACCUUGUAUAAGGAGAAGUUUUUCAGGGUGAGCUACUGGUUGUCUUGGCCACAUCCAUGUUUACUACAUGUAGUAGCUGAUCAUACAUGCUUUGUCUAGUUAUCUGAUACUCCAGCUGUAGAACAUGCAUGUUGAACUCUAAAAACACUCAGGUUAAAAUUUUCUGCUUGGUUUAUAUAGAAAUAACCCUAUUUGGAUUAACUUUGAACAAUCGGAUUAAAAUUUUGGUGUAAAUUUAAAAUUUAGAAUUUUGGUUAAAAUUCUGAAUUUAGAAUUUUGGUUAAAAUUCUGUUUUAAUUUUGGUUUGAAUUCUGUUUAUUUACUGUUUAAAUUUUGGUUUAUAUUUCUGGUUAAGCAAGAAAUAAAACUAUUUGAGUUAAUCUUUUCGUGGUUAUUGUAAACUUUUCCCUACUAUAUUCUAGUUAAUUUGACCAGCCUUCCAGGUUUAAUUAUAUAUAACCAGACUUAAGUAUAUGGACCCCUGCUUAUUUAUCCACCUAAGUACCUAACAUAGUCUAGCUAGCAAAGGGUAUGCUUGUCAAAUACAACCAGAUUCUGGCUACAUUUACCAACUAUUGUACAGAGAGUAAGAUAUAUUGACCAGUAAAUUUCACCAAGAAUAUUAGAUUAACUCAAAUAGUUUUAUUUCUAACAUAAUGUUGACAACAUUAUAUUGUGAUCUCACUUGAACUGCAUCUUAAGAUAUUUAUAUAAAGAAAAAAUGUAACAAUAAACAAAGGCGCAAGUUUUCCGUCUUAUUGUCUUUAAGGAUCAAUCAAAUUAAGCUUAAUAAGACGCACCCACCCAACCCUUUCAUGAUGAAUAAGGGUACAAUACUCAGUAACUAUAGAAACUUAAGAGAGCAAGGUGCAAAAUGGCGGGGCCGGGGCCCUUACCCUCGUCUUGAUCUUCGCAAUUCUCGGUCACUUCGCCAUGGGGAAGCCCGGUUCAGAUAUGAGAUUCAAUGUCCAUAACGGCGAGGGCCCUUACUCUCUCACCCUGAUGAUGUUUCUGCAGCUUCUCUGGGGGCCAUUACCCCCUGAAAACCGCACUUUCCGUAACCCAAUUUUGGCCACAAAGGCUUUGCGCGAUUUAUUGAUCAUAUUCUAAUUACAUUAAAAAUGGUUCUUAGUCAAAUACAGUCUUCACUUGAGUUUUACAGUGGGUUAAGUGCAAUAGUAAUCAUUGCAAGCUAACUUUGCAUCUACACGCUUCAUCCAGGGGAAUAGCAAGCAAGGGAGCCUACUCGGAGCCCCAUCCCCCAAUAUUUUAUAAACGGGGGUAGGAAUAUGCCAUUCGGCCCGCCAUAAAUAUCGAAUUUAAAAUAAUUGCGCUGACUCACGGAUAGCAAAGACUCACAAAUCAUAAUGAAAUAAUCAAUAAAAGGGCCUAACGCAAGUAGAGAAGACACUGAGAAUGUCAUUUCCGACCUUCUAGAAAUACGUUUAUUAGGUUUCCUGUGCCCCUGACUUCAUUCAUGCUGACUUCAAUUAAUUCUAAUUGAUCUUUUCUGCUUUAUUUAGCUUGCCCAGAAGGUAGCUUUUACAGUUUCACUAGAAAUGACUGCGAGCUUUGCCCUAAAAAUUUCUUCCAAACUCAGAAAGGGCAGUUCAACUGUGCGCCUUGUCCAACGGCAAGAGUUACCGUUUCCAAUGGAUCAAAGUUGCAGGAAGACUGUCUAAAGAGUAUGUACAAACUGAUUUUAAAACAAAUGCAUGUUAGUAAACAUAAAGAAAUCAUAUUUUAAUUAAAUUUCCGUCACAAGAGCCUUCAACUAUAAUUGUCGUCACAAGAGCCUUCAACUAUAAGAGUUGAGUGAGAUGCCAACAAAAUCUCGAUAUUAGAAGAAAUUACCUACUAACGGACCAUUCCCCAAUUAACCAAAAUUUUGAUCUCAACAAGUCUAUAGACAAACAUUUCAGCACAGCUUGAAAGAGCAUCACAAAAUUAGUAAUAUUCCAAUGUUUCCUUGCGAAAUGUUGUAAAAUGCGGAUAUAAUAUAGCCUUGCGAAAUUUGCAAUUUUCAGUCAUUUUAGAUUACAAAUGAGAAAUGGUUACCACUUGUCUUCUGUGCGUAAUACAAAAUGACUGAAAAUAACAAACUUCACAAGGCUAUAUUAUCCGCAUUUUACAACAUUUUGCAACGAAACUUUGGAAUAUUACUAAUUUUGUGAUGUUCUUUCAAACUGUGAUGAAAUUUUUGUCUAGCCUAGUUAAGAUAAAAAUUUUGGAAAAGUGGUAACCAUUUCCCGUUUGUAAUCUAAAAUGACUGAAAAACGGCAAAUUUUGCAGGGCUAUAUUAUCCGCAUUUUACAACAUUUCGCAACGAAACUUUGGAAUAUUACUAAUUUUGUGAUGCUUUUUCAAGCUUUGAUGAAAUUUUGUCUAGACUUGUUUAGAUCAAAAUUUUGGUUAAUUCGGGAAUGGUCCAUUGUACAGGGUAUUCAAUACCAAGCCACGUUGCAACGUGUAUAACCUCUUUUGAACGAGUAUCUUAUGUUUCUAACAUAUAGGCUGUUCUCGAGGAUCAUUUUUUAAUCGAACAAAGCAAGGAUGUCAAGAGUGUCCGCUGAACACCUAUGAACCAAAUUUUGGAGCCUUCGAAUGUAUAAGUUGUCCUGAUGGAGGAAUAACGCUCAACACAUCAAGUACGACGCUGGAAGACUGUAGUAGAAGUAAGUAAAACUCAGUUCCCCAUAUCACUUAAACAAAUCGUCACUAGCUUUGAAUAAAUGCUUUGCAUCCUCUGAUUAUUGUGGCGUUGGACCAUAUAUAGUGUAUCAAGAUAUGAUGGUCUGGAAAAUGAACAGAAAGAAGUUUUGUUGUUGUCUGAGUUUAUGGUAAUUUGUGCAUGGUCACGGUGAUUGAGCUCAUUGUAUGUUUGUAUAAUGACGUAACCGUGAAAUAGGGAUAGCUGAGAUGAAACGUGCAACCACGAUGAAUAAUAUUUAAUGAAGUUGAGAUAAAGGAUUUGUGCAUGGUGAGGUACAGUUCAGCAUCAAACAAAGGUCUUCUAUUUUGGGCUUUAAAUUUUGGCCGGGUUUCCAGACCAUCAUAUCUUCACAGACUAUGGUUGAACUCAGGUGUUUAAUUAUUUUUCUGAUGUUAUUCUGAAUGUCUCGUCACUUUGAAUAUGAAGAAUAACCGGACUGUGUUGCGAAUCGAACCCACAACCUUUAUACUCAUUUUGAAGUAUAAUAUGCUGAAAUUAUAUUUACACUCCUUUUGAAGGCACAGCAUGUAUGUAGACACAUCUCAUUUCCUGUUGUAAGUAACCAUAUUUCCCCCCAUUUCCUUUAAUAGAUUGCUCUGCUGGUUCAUUCCACAACUUCACGACCAAAAAAUGUGAAAAUUGUCCGUUACAUUCUUAUCAGCCAAAAGCUGGUCAAACUUCUUGUAUUGCCUGCCAAGACGGAAGGAUUACUAUGAAAGUUUCAACAGUACGAGAGGAAGAUUGUAUAAUAGGUAUAUCAAAAACUAUUAUUAAACCAUUUUAUAUCCUUGCUAACAUAAUAGUGCAUGGUACCAGAACUCCGUAUUAGGACUGACCAAGUCACGCCAAGCACUCGUAAGCCAAACCAUACAUAAUUUUUUACCACAUUGACCUACUUUAUUAUAGCAUACUAUAUCAGAACAUGCCACAAGAAAUCAUACCAUAUCAUUAAACGGGUUCUAUCCCGUUGAACACUGUAUUAUAGGUCAAAAUUGGCCAAAAUGGCAAUUCCUGUCAGGUAGGAUAAAGCUUUCAAUGGAAGAUUAUAUCCCACUUGAUGACGUGAGUGGGUUGGCUUGCUUCUAAUAUGAACACAAUUUGAAUUCCAUGCAAAGGGCACGCAAGUCACUCAAGUCAGUUUCCGGGUAAACUUGGCUCCUAUAAACAGGUCCUUAAAAAUUGGCUAAAGCAUCUCUUUGCCGUCAUCUUUAUAACAAAAUGCCUAUGGCAAUGUUAUGUUUAACUAUAAAGUACUUAUUUCUAUUUCAAUUUUCAGCGUGUUCUGCAGGAAAUUAUUACAACCUAACAAUGGAAACAUGUAAAGUUUGUCCUCUGAACAGUUAUCAAAAUCUUGAAGCUGCUACUUCUUGCCUAUCUUGUCCAGCAAAUCGCAUCACUCGCAAAACAGGGGCAGCAAGUUUGACAGAAUGCAUUAGUGUCUCAGGUAUGUGUAGAAAUUUAGAAGAACAAUUGAGAUAUUUUAGAUAAAUUCGCUUACAUUAAAGUGGCCAUUAUGACCUUGCACCAUAGUCGACAGAAUAAUUAAGAAGGUUCAGGGAACUCGAUACAGACAUAAUAGUACUCAUUAUCUAUGUUUUUGUCUUGGUUUAUGCUAGAAAUGAUCGGUUCAUCGUCACGUGUGUAUUGUUUUUUCGCCCAACCAACCAAUAGCAGUGUGUUAGUUUAAUUACCCAGUCGUGAUAUUACACAACGGUUAGAUGAAGAUGCAGCUAUUGGUUGCUCUAGCAAAACUACAAUACACACGUGAAGAUGAACCGACCAUUUCUUGCAAAAACCAAGACAAAACAGAGAUAAUGAGGUCUAUUAUGUUUCCAUCGAGUUUCCUAACCUUCUUAUUCUAUUGACUAUAUGCUCGUACGGUGUAAAGGAAUCUGCAUGGAAACAGGAAUCUAUAGAAAAAUUUGCGCUUUGAAAUAUAGAACCCAGAAAAUAAAUCCGGCAUUCACACAGGAUCCGGAAUAUAAAGGAAUCCUCUGAUUUUACCAGAAUGAAAUAUAUUCCUCUUCGAUCUUGUUUGCAAUCAAAAACCUAUCCCCAACCUUAUAAAUAUUCAUCAAGUAGCCUAAGAAUAACUUUCGCUGAUUUGAUUAGAUAUUCAAUAAUAAAAUACGAAUGUGUUCUGAUUUGGGGUUGGUUGUUCGAAGGCCGAUCAGCUUAACCCUGGCAGCUUGUUUACAAAUUUGGAAAUGACUCUUCAGAAAUCUUGUCUGGAUCGAUAGGAGUUUACUUCUCUGAAGUUUUCAAAUAAUCAGAAGUGUAGAAAUACAUGUACAUAAACUAAAACAGCGGGUUAAAUUUUAACCGAGGGUUAGCGCUACCCACUUUGGAACAACUGGUCCCAGCAAGCUUUCUUUUUUAGAUGCUGAAGAAAGUCCUGGAGAAGAUUUGACGGUAAUAGUGGCAAUACCUGUCGUGUUGACAGUUCUCGUAGUGUCAGCCUGCUUGCUUUUGAUCUGUUUCUACCGAAGAUGGCGAAAAGAAAACGAUAGAGUAAGAAUCUUCAGUAUUUAUCAUGAAUAGCUCUCUACAGAGAAGGAUUGUGUAGGUGAAAAUUUCGAGUGUAACUUUUCAUACAUUUAUUAGACCAAACCAGGUGAGGUUGCGAAAAAUGUAACUAUAUAUAGGCCCUCUAGGGAACGAACCUGUGGCCCUGCGAUUCAGGUGCUCUGAGAGUUCAGGCACCGUACCGGAAUUGCAGGUGCUCUUCCAUAUGCGAAUCGUUUCAAUUUCCAUAUCAAUUUCCAUUUGAUAGAGAGACUUGCACUCGACAACUGGCCUCUGUAGCUCAGUUGGUUAGAGCCAGCGGGCGGAAUCCUAGCGUUUUCUGCAAUCUGAUUGGCUGCAGCAGCGGACGGAAUUUUACGAUAUUUGACCACCGUCAGGAACCCUAUACGUAAUGGCCGAAGCAAAGCAAAAAUUUUUUGUAUUUGUUUGUUUUAAAACUGAAAAAUAUGAAUAUGUAAUUUUGAAAUAAUUUUAAUGAUGGAUAAAAUAAUUGUACUGUAUUUUAAUUGAACUGUUUGUUUUCUAAAGUAAAAUAAUUAAAUAUCAAAAUUUUUUUAUUGUUUUGUUUCCUAUAUGUGCAAUCUAAUAAAACCAUUGCCAUUUGCCUCUGAGUCUUCGACAAAAAAAUAAAUACGUUAUUUACCGUUUAGGUCGGUCCGGAUAGAAAAAUAUUUUGUCUCGGUCUCAAAAACGUCCCUCGGCCUUCGGCCUCGGGCCGUUUUUGAGACCUCGACAAAAUAUUUUCUAUCCGGACCUCCCAGCCGGUAAAUAACAUAUAUAUAAGAAUUUACACUCGAAAUUUAAAUCCACAAAAUCCUUCAACAAUUAGGUCUAUCGAACAAGAUGCUGAAAAUCAUCUCUAUAGAGAACCUAUUGCUCAUGCCUAACCCUUAAUAACAUAUUUCUCUUUCUCAACAGAGAAUGUCUGCAGGACCACUUGAUCCACGCAGGAGGGCAUUUACAGACUCCGAUCCAGAAAUGGCUCAGAGACCCAAGCUGAACUCCGUAGCCUCCAUGCCAAACCAUCAUUACAAAAUGAAAGGCGCUGGCCUAAGACCAGAUGACCUAAGACCAAGCAUUAGAAUUGCCAAUAUUCCAAAGGAGUUGGAAAUUCCGAGAGAAAAUUUGAAGUUCCUUGGUCAGGUGCUUGGGAAAGGAAAUUUCGGAAAGGUGGAAAAAGCCAUUUUGCUGAAAGAUGAUAGGACGGAAAAUGUCGUUGCAGUAAAAAUGAUUAAAGGUAUGAUGGAAAAUUUGCUAAGAAAUGUGCAUUUUGAUCAAAAGCUUUGAGAUUGUAUUUGGAUCUUCAUGAAAGAUUACUCCAGCAAAAACAAUUCUUUUGAAAGAGAGGAAAGAUUUGUUGCUUCUUCCAUAUUUAUAUAUCUGGGUGGGACGAAUUUCUGGAAACCAAAAAUUUAACAAAAUCUUUUGUAAAUCUUUAAUGAACAUAUGGAAAGAAUCUUGAGUUUGAUUAUCUUAUGAAUUCAAGACAGUUUUAAAAGGUCAAGAAAAGGCUGUUACCAUUCAGAUGGAAUGGUAUUUCCAUUCAGAAAAAAUAUUAUUGCCGUUGAGAUAUGAGCCUGAACAAGUCCAAAACUGAUUUCGACCUUUAAUUGGCUUUUGCAGCUGGCCAAAGUUUAAAACAACGAAAAGUAUGGAGAUUUGCAUGGCAAAAAGCGAACAAUCACCGGAUCUAGUUUGCUCUGCAAACUAUUGUAAUUGAAGAAUACUUUCUCAAUGCCCACUAUUCGUUUUAAAUAAUCACUAUUUUUUUUAGGGAACUUCAUCUAAACACCUUAAACGCUUUAAAAUAGAACAUCCCAGCUUUGAUUUUAUCAUUAUCAGUUUCGUUGUAAAAAUUCCAUAAAUCUGUAACAGUCGGCAAAACAAGUAAUAAAAAACACUGGAAUUUUUUUUCAAAAUCCUUGCUAUGGAAAUAGUAUGGAUCUUCGUUGGAAAUAGUAUGGAAAUCCUAUUUUUUAGCCUAAUUGCCAUUUCCAUACUAUUGAAUAUAUAGUAUGGAAAUAAUAUGAAUAUAUUGUGAUUUAGGAAUGGGAUUGCAAAUUCCAUAGUAUGAAUUUCACUAUUUUUUCUAGUGAAAUAUGAUGCAUUUUAUUCUUACCCCUAGAAUUGGUAGCCCCCACUCUUUUUGGCGUCGUGGACGCUUGAACUCCCAAUAAUAGAAGACGAUGCGAUGUUUUCUCUAUUUAUUCAUAUCUCUUACCUCUUCUCCGAUUUCAAGGUGGCGGCACAUUUUCAGACGAGAAGGAACUGUUUGAUGAGCUGGAGAUGUUAGCGAGUCUGUAUCCACACCCUCAUCCAAAUAUUGUCAAUCUUGUUGGUGGAUGCACAACCAGUAAUGGUAGGUAACUAGAAAUGAAAAUGGAAUGUUCAUAAAAUGCAUGUCUUAAACUGUUACUAAGUGAUAAUACCCAUACUCUGUUUUUAACUGUUUUGAACCAAAACUUCGGCUGCCUAAUUGCAGCAGACUUUUAUAUAAUUAUAGGUUGAGAGAUAUUACAUUUGCAAUCAAAAUUAAUUGCUGAAAAAUAUUUUCUUUUAUAGGUCCCUUAUUUGUGGUAGUGGAAUACUGUGGCGAAGGGAACCUACUAAAAUAUCUUCAGAAGAACCAAAUUCAAGCGAAACCAAAACAAGAGUAUGUCAACAUCUUCCCGAAGGCUGAAAAACCUGGCAUUAAAUAUGAAUGGAAGUUGCAGAAGGCAUUGGAAAUUUGUCAUGGAAUGACUCACUUGGCCAAAUUCAAGGUAAAUGGAAUCCUCUAUUUAUCUGUUGUAGUUUUGGUUUAACAGUUCAGAACUGAGAGGGUUGUACUUCUGAAUAAAGUUAGUCUAGUUUAUGUUUCUUCCAUAGUGGGAAUGGUUCUUAGGACUGGACCAUAGAGCAAUCCACAGUUAGUUUAGUUUAAGCUGAAUAAGGGGGGAUCUUGGGAGGCUGGAUUCCGAAGAACAUUUACCUUAGCACAAACAUUUUCAAUUUUUAAAACAGAUGUUAUGGGAGAAACUUAAGGAAUCAUUAUAUCAUACUUCCUUAUCUGUCAUUUGAAUGGGCAUAACUGCAUGGAACUCUGGGAGAAGAACUGUGAAAAGAUUAAUUAGAUGCAGUAAUACUUGCUCUUCGUUUAGAUCAUUCACAGAGAUGUUGCUGCAAGGAAUGUGUUACUCGAUGAAAAUUGGGUGGCGAAGAUUUCUGAUUUUGGAAUGGCGAGAGAUAUUUAUGUCAAACAAAUUUAUCGCAAGGACACAGAGGUAUACAUAAAUAAAAAUAGAAGAUGCACUGUGAAGCAAUGAAUUCUGCUUGAAUUCAUCUUUUGCAAAUAUUUAGAAUAGCAAGACCACAAUAUGGAAGCGCGUGAAAUAGUGCAUGAUUCAUUGACAUCUACGAACGGGGUUUCGUUCGUGCAAAAUACACUUGUCUGAUUAUAAUUUCGUUUCAAUUUAACUCAAUCGCCAUUUUUUAACGCCAUUUUCUCAGAGUACUUCGGUUUUCUCGUGUGCGGAACUCAUUGGAGAUCUAGAAGCUAUCAAAUAAAAUGACAUACUACAUACAGAACUAGAGUAAUUCGUAUUGUAUGCAAUUUAGUCACGGACUUUUUUCAUAUAGGGAUUUCUACCAGUACGCUGGAUGGCCAUUGAAUCAUUGGAGUCGUUUAUUUAUAAUACUCAGAGUGAUAUGUAAGUAUGCCAUGAUAUACACCAACACGCGCGACAUUUUAGGUGCGGAUUGUUGUAACCAUUAAAACGUCUACAUGCAUGAGUUAUUCAAGGAGAUUUAGUAUGUCAUUAGGUUUCUUAUAGCAAUGGAAAGAAACACGUGAUGAUCUUUGCUAUAUACGUAUAGAUUUUCAAGUAUAUACAGUAUAGAUUUUCAAGAUGGAGGCUUGUUUUCAAGAUCAUUAUAAAACGUGAAACAAUCAACGACAAGGCACUCGUAGCAAUCCAAACCAUAUCUAAACAUAACCCACACAUAAAUUAACACUAAGCCUAACAUUACCAUCAAUUGAAAUUUUGUUUUCUUUUGCUUAGUUGGUCAUUUGGAAUACUUUUGUGGGAAAUUAUGUCAGAUGGUAUGUAUAACUUGAUAUACAGCAUUGUCAAGUACUAUGCAUGCGCCACAUCAGAGCAUUAGUUGUCAGUAGUAAAUACCACGAUCAUAAAAUAUGAUACUUUGAUCAAAUAUAAUAACGUGCUGGUAACCAGUGGUGUAACGAGUCACCAAGACACCAACUGGUCAAGUCACGAGUCGAGUCACCCAAAUAUCGAGUCACGAGUCGAAUCGACUCAUUUCAUUAUCUGGUUGAGUCGAGUCGAGUGCAUUUCGGCUGAUGAGAAAGAUCAUGAUUCAAUCUUUACGACCAUUACGACCAUAUGGAAUCCUGGCUUAAGCUACCCCAAUCGAAUGUCGGUAUAAACCACACAAGACUCAUGCGGCAAAAUGAUAUACAGCAUACAAUCCUUUACAAUGGGUGAGUAAUACCACAACAGUUUCAAACAAAAUGUCUUUUAUCUCAUUAGGUCGUGUUCCAUACAAUAACAUUUUGGAUCACACACAGCUUUUGAAUUACAUCAAAUCCGGAAGGAUCAUGAAGAGACCUAAAAACUGUCCAAAAGAUUUGUAAGUAAAGAAUUUACCGCUAUAGCACUGCUGACUGGUGCAUCGCUUUUUCAUUGAACGUUUGAAUAAACUUCUAGACUAAAAAUGAACAAGAGAUGGACGGAGGGGAAAAUAGUAUUAUAUUCUAGAUCAAAGGAGGCCAGAAAAAAAGAAGGAAGAAAGAAAAAAAGAAAUGGGGGAAAAAGAAAAAUUAGUAGAAAUAUAGUUGUGAGAUAAAGAUAGUAUGUGUGAGUAAGUGGGGGUGUGCUAAUCAUCCUUACUUGCAGCUGAGAGCUAAGCUGAAUUACGAAGGACGCAGCUCAACCUGAUCGAGUCGAAGACUUUAUGAGGGUGCUUUCUGGCAGUCACAUCAUGACUCAUUUCUGAUCACAGAGUGCUGCCCGUGAAAGGUUGAGUUAGGGGGUAGCGCUAAUUCCAACCUACCCUGUCAUUCUGUCAACAUUCUCUGUGGGAGGUAAUCGAAGUAACUGGAGAAAACCCAUGACAUGACCCUUUUCACAUGAAUGUCUUGAGUCCUGCAUGAACGAAAAUCGUACUCACAAUCUCCGAUCUCACUGGCUCUUCUAUUCACAUAGGUAUCACAUUAUGGAGAAAUGUUGGGCUAAAAAUCCUCCCGACAGACCAGCGUUUGAAUCUCUCAAAGAUGCACUAGAAGUUCUUUACGAGAAUGAAGUUCACAAGGUAUCAUUUGAAUACGUUUCCUAAUUUGUUAUAUCGUUAUACUGGAUGUCUUUAACAAUUUAAAAAUGAUAAAACUUUAUUAGUUCUAAACUGUUCUCCCUAGAGGUGCAGUAAAUAGUGUCACACAAGAGGGAACCCAAAAGCGAUCAUCCAUUUCAAGAAAGAUUGUGUGUGGGGGGGGGGGGGGGGAGAAAGAAGGCUUGUUACUGAUUCUUAAUUUAAUAACAACAGGAGAACUAAACAUAACGCCAAUUACAAAAUGACAGAGCCGUGCUUAUAAGUUUAGCAGUUAAGGUGUGCUAAGUUUGGUUUGGCUCAACAAAACAAUCACCCUUCUUAUAGCUAGCAGAAGCUCUUCAUGUCCAUUAAAUGUGCAACUUUUCGGAUCCCAUGACCGUAUUCCAGUUUAAUAUUAUAGUUACAAAACAAUGAAAAAUGACGUUUGGGACUGCGCGAAAGAUGACCACGUCCGCUUGAUGGGGGUGACUACUUAAUAAAAUAAAGGUCACUUCAACAGCAUUGUGAAAUUUCCAGGAUUUUGCCAAAUUUUCAGGAAAUUUUCAUUUGAAAUUUUCAGGAAAUUUUCAGGUGUUUUGCCAAAGGGGUGUCCACUUAAUGUAGUGCCACUUAAUACAGUAAUAGAUUUUGUUAAACCCCUAAAACCUAUCAUAACAAACAUUUUUUAUCUUACUAAAUAAAGGAGGAUGCGCUACCACAAAGAAUUCUCCGCAAAUUUAGCAGCCGAAGAAAAAAGCGUCGAAACGAGGAAGAUAUCGAAAAUCCUGGCGGAAAAACGCGUGCCAAAAAGACUCUUAGCAACUCGUCGGGAAAGAAGAUCGCCAAAAUCGACGAAGAGGAGCCCAAUGGGGAAAAAGUUGGCAAGGCUGAAGAAAAAGAGACAAAAAUGGAGGUUUUGGAUCCUGCCAACGAAACUCUAAAUAAUGAAUUUGAGAAUCAAGGUUACCAAAAGUCGGCGGGUAGUUCCACGUCGAAGGAACACGAUGGUUCAGAAAAGAGCCCAAUGAAACUGGAGCCCAAGGCAUCCAAUGAUAACACUUUUGAAUUAGAUACUAUUUCCGAAAUGCCAGUGAGCAGGCAAAAUGAAGAAAUACAAGAUAGUAGUAUUGAUUAUGAAGAAAUACAAGAAAGUAGUCAUGAUAAUGAAGAAGAUCAAAAAGAAAGAACUUUAUCAGAUAGUGCCGAAGUUUUUACAACGUCGUUACAGCAUGAAAUUGAAAAUGAACUUAAACCACCGACAGAAUCGGUCCAAAACGAUGGUAGUUCAUCAAUACCAGAUGAAUUGACCGAUGCAAGUGAACGACCAAGAAUGUUCUCUACGGAUUGUUAAUAUAUGUAAAAUUGAGGGUAUAUUUAACUAUAUAUUUUUGUUUGUA